AUGAUGGUUCCAUACUGCCCUCGCGUUGGUCGACGAUAUCCAGCACUCAUCUUUCUCCAGCUUUCGAUUUGCUUUUCUCUGGCCUGCAUCGUGCAAUCCUCAGGUUCUGAUCGGCCAGGCUCAUCUGAAUCCAAAUGGACCUAUGAACCUCAACCUGCCUAUCUACUCACUGAAACCAAUGGUGUCGUUGCUAGUGACGAGAUUCGGUGCUCUACAAUUGGUAUCAAUGUCUUGAAAGAUAACGGCACCGCAACUGAUGCAGCCAUAGCUACCGCGCUUUGUCUUGGUACUGUUAACUCUUUCUCAUCCGGCAUUGGCGGGGGCGGGUUCAUGAUCAUUAAACCGCCAGCUGGAUGUAAGCAGACAUCAACCAAGCCUUGUUCAGCUCAAACACCAAUUGCUAUCAACUUCAGAGAGACUAUGCCCGAUGGAAAUUUCUUCGCAGCGAGUACCCUCAAGAACUCUUCGGUCAGUGGGGUCGGCGGUCCAUCGAUCUCGAUACCUGGCGAAUUGGCUGGUUUCGAUGCGGCUUAUCGACGGUUUGGGGGUGGGGUGAGUUGGAAGAGGAUCUUCCAACCUUCGAUCGAUCUCGCCAAAAACUUCACAGUUGGUUUCGCUCUGGCGUCCAAGAUUUCUAUCCCAGACAUAGAAUCUUGGAUGGAAUCCAAACCAGAAUGGCAGACGGUCUUUCAGCCCAACCAUCAACCCGCCCAAUCAGGUGACUGGAUCCAAAGACCCCACUACGCAAGGACGCUCGAGAUCAUAGCCGAACAAGGCAUUCAUCCGUUCUAUCACGGCGAAAUCGCCGAGCAGCUCGUCGAGACGAUCAACCGCGAAGGCGGUAGAGUGGAUUUGAAAGACUUCCAAUCAUAUCAACCUGUGAUCGAACAGGCCAUCAACACAACCUAUCAUGGAUACAACGUCUGGACCACCGGGGCGCCUUCAUCGGGCGGGAUCCUACUACAUAUCUUGAACAUCCUCGAGCGUUAUUCUCUACACCAUCAUCCUCGGGACGCAUUGUCCGAACACCGGUUUGCCGAAUCACUCAAGUUUGCCGCGGCAGCUCGAACCGAAUUGGGAGACCCCAAAUUCCUGAACUCGACCCAUUUGGCGCGACUCGAACAGAUCAGAUCGAAAGCCUACGGCCUAGAGACCUCGCUGAAGAUCGACGACAACCGAACUUACGACUAUUCGCACUACAACCCCAAGUAUGAUAACGUUGAGGAUCACGGGACAACUCAUCUGAGCGUCAUAGAUCGCUUCGGUUCCGUCGUCUCACUCACCUCGACCAUUAACCUCUACUUCGGGUCCAACGUCAUGGACCCUGUCAAUGGAAUUAUUCUCAACGACCAGAAUGAUGACUUCGGCGUUCAAGGCCGUUCAAACGCCUUUAACUUGUUAUCCUCCCCAUUUAAUCAUCCCGUCACCGGUAAACGACCCCUCAGCUCGGCGGCCCCCACCAUCGUUGAUUACCUACAUCCUCAGCCUAACAAAAAGGAUGACGAACCGCAGCUCGAAAAUCAGCCACCCGAGUUCUUUUGUGCGCUUGGGGCCAGUGGUGGUAGUCGUAUCUAUGGCGCUGUCGCUGGCACUUUCCUGAAAUUACUCUGGGGAUAUGACAUUUCGCAUGCCAUUGAAGAUCCGCGACUGCACCACCAACUUCUCCCGAAUGAGGCUUCUAUUGAAAAGACUUAUCGAGCUGAUUUCUUGGACGGUUUGAAGUCGAGAGGACACAAGAUCGCGAUGAUUGAAUUCUCCAAGAUGGCAUCAAUCGUCAAUGGGAUCCACAAACGGAUCUCCGAUAAUGUCUUGUUCGGAUCAUCUGACAGUCGCAAGGGCGGCGUCCCUGCCGCUUACUAA